CUUGAGAAGUAGUGGAAUUGCUGAGUCAGAAGGUAGGCAUACAUUUAACUCAGAAACUGUUAAACAGUAUUUCUCAAAGUAGUUGGACUGUUUUUGCAUUCUUACCAGCAAAGUAUGAGAGUGCCAGUUGCUCGAAAUCCUCAACAAUACAGAGUAUUGUCAGUCUUUCAUUGUCAGACUUUACCCUUUAGCCGUUUUGUUGUGUAGUAGUAUCUCCUUGUUUUAAUUUGUUUCUCUGAUGACUAAUGAUAUCAAUCACUUUUCAUGAGCUUUUUGGACAUUCCAGAUCUUUUGUGGAGUGCCUAAUUAUUUUUUCUAAUUGGCUUUUUAAAAAAAAAAUUAUAUUGAUGUGUAGAAGUUCAUUACAUUAUCUUUCUUGACUAGACUCCUUUGCCAGUUGUAUGCAUUGUGAGUAAUUGCUCCCAGUCUGCGACUGGUGCAUUUUGAUAACCAGUUGUGCCAGGACCAAGGAGUGUCACUAGGACAUAUGGAGAGGAAUAAUUGUUUUGACCCCAAAGGGAGUAUUGAUCAACUUCCACUACCACAAGCUUCUGAAAGUGGUCAAAUGCCUUCAGGAGACUGGAAAUUCCCGGUAAUCCAAUAUGGUGGAAAUCUUAACUCUGUAUUCCCUGUGGCCCUUUUUUGUAUCCAAGCAGCAGCCUCAGGAGAAGCUGGAAAGGGCAGAGCAUUUCCUGAAAUAGUUCCUUCUUUUGUCCUGACUCUCCUUUUCCCAACUGAUAUUUAACUAAAGAAGACAGGGUCUUCUUCUGUCACCCAGGCUGGAGGACAGUGGCACAAUCAUGGCUCACUGCAGCCUCAACCUCCUGGCUCAGUGGAUCCUCCCACCUCAGCCUCCCAAGUAGCUGGGACGACAUUGUAUUUUUGGUAGAGGUGGAAUUUCACCACAUAACCCAAGCUGGUCUCAAACUGCUGGGGUCAAGCAAUCUGCCCACAUUGGCCUCCCAAAGUUUAGGGAUUACAGGCGUGAGCCACCAUGCCCGGUUGUCUUAGAUUUUUGCCUUGCUGUCAUCCUUUCAUUCUAGUUCCCUUUUCACAGCGUAUAGGAAAUAAGCAGGCAUAAGCACAGUACCCCCGAGGGCUGCCGGGAAUCUUCUUGAGGUCACCCUCAUCUGUGUCACUUGCUCAACCUUUCUGUUCUGUUUCAGUUCAGUUCAAGUAGCAGUAAUUUAUUGUACUGUUUCUGUUCUAUCCCCAGCAGUAUGCUUAAGACAUUUCAAAGGAUUAUAGCUUGUCCCCACACUACCAAAAACAUCCCAGGAGAGAAUGACGUACAUACAUUGUAUUUAGUUUUCUACUGCUGCCAUUACAAAUUAUCACAAAUUUAGUGGCUUAAAUAACACUCAUUUAGUAGCUCAUGGUUCCGUAGAUCAGAAGUGCUGACACAAUGCGACUGGGUUGACUCUUUGCUCCGGGUAUCGCAAAGCUGAAAUCAAAGUGUUGGCCGAGUUCUUGUCUGAAGGCUCUGGGGAGAAAUUUGCAUGCAGGUGAAUUCAGGUUGUUGGCAGAAUUCUGUUCUUUUGGGGCGGCAGGACUGCGGGGCCCCUGUCUUCUUGCCGGCCGUCAGCUGCUGCCUGUGUUCCUUGCCACAUGGCCUUUUCCAUUUUCAGAGCCAGCUAUGGAGAAUCUCCCUUGUGUCCAAUUCUUGUCAUGCUUCAGAUAUUUCAGACUUCUUUUAUUGUUGAUCCCUGGACUCCGAUUUAAAAGAUUUAUGUGAUUAGGCAGGCCUACUUGGAUAAUCGCCCUUUUAAAAGUCAGCUGAUUUGAGACCUUAAUUGCAUCUGCAAAACCCCUUUGUAGCUGCACCUAGAUUAGUGUUUGCUUGAAUAACUCGGAGUUGUGUGCACACCAGGGGCAGAGUACUUGCAAGGUGGCAGGGGUGUACUGGAAUUCUACCUAUCACACAAAUGAAACCAUUAGGAAGAUACAGUAAUGUCUAACCUUGAGCCAAAGCUACUUGUAUGUAAUUAUAAGUGUUGGUGCCCUAUUGUGGUGAGACACAGGAGGAUGAUUCCUCAGUGCUGGUGAUGGUACUCAAAGGAGAGGUAGGGAAGCAGAGGGACUUGAAGUUGGCUUGGCGAGGUUUGCUGGAGAAGGCAUUCCAGGCUCAGAGCUGUGCUUAUUGUGAGAUUAACCCAGGUUGCCCAAGGUUUCCUUAGUGGGGAAGUGAGUGUUUUUCUAUAAAUGAUUGUAUGUCUUGAGUUAGAAGAGACUUUAUAGGUCUUUCAUCACCUAAAUUUCCCUACGUCAGUAAUUUUAGCUAUUUUGAUUCUUAAAUAAAGGCAAAGUGUGUAAAACUUUGAUGGAAUUUUAAAAUGUACAAAGCACAUUUACAUGUAGGACAUUAGAGUGCUUUUUGAGAUUGUUAAAGAUAACUUGAAUUAUCAUGGAUUCUUAAGGUGGGUUUAACUUUCCUGAAAUAUGCUUGCUGUUUCUAAAGUAAAAUUGAGUGCUUAGUUGAAAUUUAAAGAAGUUUAGAAAUUUAGAUGCUUAGAAGUCCUGAGGAGUUGAAGAGAAUAUUUUUCAUCGAAAAGUAUUCUGAGGAAAGCAUUUAUAGAAGCCUUCUUUCCAUCAGUGUUAGGAAAUACUGUUAAAUAAUUUAGUGGUACAAAAACAACUUUGUUUUAUCAUUUCAUUAAGAUGGCUCUCUCUAGUUCAGCAGAAAUUACUACUAAUGUUCAUGCUUGCUAAGGGGUGGUACAAAUCAUCUUAGAAUCACAAUUCUGUGGAUUUAUAUUUUCAGUAUAACAGUUGUUGAUUAAUAAUGUUAUGAAAGUGCAGUCUUCCAUUCACUCUGGUUGUUACUUUGAAGGGAUUAAUUUUGGUGGGUUUGGGAACAGAUAACUGUUAAAGUGAAAGGAAUAAGGAUAAAUAAUAGUAAUUAAUAUUUAUCAAGCAUUUACUAUGUGCCAGGCACUGUUCUAAGUACUUUCUAAGUACUAUGUCAUUUAAUCCUCCAAACGACCCUCUGUGAAUUGAUCACUUCAUUUUACAGAUAAAAACGCCAAGGGCAUAGAGAGGCUGUGUAACUUGCCCAAGGUCACACAGUGUUAGUGUCGGGAUUUGAACCCAGGCAUGCCGUCCAGAGUCUACAUUCUUUUUUCUUAACUGCCUCUCUUGAUAACACUCUGUUACUUUGUAUAUUAGAAGAUUAUUAAUUAGAUCUCUGGUAUAACCAAAUUCAUGGUACAGAGAAAUGCUUUUGGGAACAGUUUUACUGGAUCAAUAUAGGGCAAUUUAGGCUUUUCAAAUGUGUAUUAAAGUUGAUAAAAUAUACUGAGAAAUCUAAUUAACCUAUAGACUGAGAGUUACUUAAUAGGCUUUUCAUUUGUGAAGCAGCUAAUAAAACAUCUAAAGUGGAGAGGCAGUAGUUGCAUCUUUAGAAGGAUAGUGCAGAUGAUGAGAGAAUCUUCUGUAAUUGGAGGGGCAGCCAGAGAAUGCUGGACUGAUUUGGUUUAUUCAUUGAAAAAAUAAUCAUCCUACUAUUCAACUUUUGUAAAACACAAAAGCAACAAAUCCUGAUAAUUUUAAGUCUUAAAAGUUAUUCUUUUCUAUUUUUAAAAUUACCUUUUUUUCAUUUUUAAAAUUGACAUAAAAAGUCACCCAAUCUCCUUCCCCAACAACUAUUAUAAUUUGUGUUUUCUACAUGUAGAUAUAGUUUUUCAUCAUUAUAUUUGGUAUGUAGCAUUACGUGCCCCAUUUUUCACUUAGCAUUAUUUUGUGAACAUUUCUGUAUGUUGAUAGUCUUCUCAAUUAGACUUUUAAAAGUCAAAUAGUCUUUUAUGACUAUUGACUGCAUUAUAUUCCAAGGAAUUAACUACUCAUGUUUAAUUGACUUUAUUAUUGGAUAUUUAGGUUGCAUUUUGAAUUUUUGCUGUUUUAAGUAACCCUAUAGUAACCUUGCAGUUUUAGACCAGGGUCAGCUAUUUGCAUCUAUAAUUCUAUGACAUAGAUAUAACUUGACAUUUGACUUUUCAGUAAUAAGACAGGAUAUUUUUCUCCUUUCUUUAUAACCACAGACAGAAUGUCCAAAUUAUCCUUUAGUCUGAUUCAGAGUCAAGCACACUACUGUCUGGAGGGAUGAAGCCAUUGAUUUGGGUUCUUCAAUUGGGCAGAACAGAGCAGGGCGAGACCCAGGCUUUGUGAACUCCAGUCUGUUAGCCAUAGGCGUGUGUUUCCUGAGUAGCAGGCUGGGUUUCUCUUCCCUGAGACUUAUAUCAGCUCUGUUAGUGCUGCAAAGAGGGGGCGCCCCUUAGUGCUAGGCAUUCCUUCCUCUCCUCUUAGGGUGUUCAUAUCUUGGGGUGGGACAGUUCAUCUUGUAAAGUCCUUAGUGAUAAUAGUGCUUUAGUAAUAUGGAAAUGAUGCAUCAUUUUAAUUUUAUCUUAUUGCAUCCAAGCCUCACACACUUGAUCUUCCCUUUGACUAAAGGUCUGUCUCCCUCUCAUCCUGUUGUUAGUAGACACAGGAGUCUCAGCUUGGCUAAGCUGAGCAGAAGUGAAGGGUAAGGGUAUAGUAAUGUGGGGGUCGGGGGAGAGGAAAGUGAAGCAUAAAACCAGCUCUGGCCUGGGCCAGGGUGUCUCUGGUUAGAGAAGGAAGAGAGCCUGCCACAAUCUCAGAAGCAGGAGGCAGCACUGGUAUGAUGUGGCUCAGUUCACUCCAGGGUGGCUUCCUUUCUCUGCCCUCUCUUCAGCCUGACUUCCCAGUGGGGGUCUGGCAGAGGAUGGAGUGAGCAAGCCGGCAGGAGGGGUCCCUUUCAAAAACCAGUGCUUCCGUGUGUCAUUUUCAUCCUCUUCUUGACUAUUCUCUAGCUUGCUGCCUGGAAUGGCUGACUUAAACCUCUGGUCCUCUCUUCAUACCACCCUCUCCUCACUCUCAGCAGAUGUGCUUGUCUGCCUGAAUCUAACGAGGGCCCCUGUCUGGCAUUUUUCUCCCCUGUCUCCCUGGGGCCUUGGAACUAAACACCUAUGUCAGAAGAAUCCCCUGUAUUGCUUUCCUUUCAUUGGGCACACAGCAACUUUGAGCUUCCUCACUGGGAUUGGGGAAGUAGAAUAAACUGAAAAGGAGAAAUGCAGUAUUUGGCCACGCGUAGUGGCUCACACCUGGAAUCCCAGCACCUUGGGAGGCCCGGGUGGGCAGACCACUUGAGUCCAGGAGUUCGAGACCAGUGUGAGCAACAUGGUGAAACCCUGUCUCUACAAAAAUACAAAAGUUAGCCGGGCAUAGUAGUGUGCACCUGUAGUCCUAGCUACUCAUGAGUGGGGGCUGAGAUGAGAAGAUGGCUUGAGCCCAGGAGGUUGAGGCUGCAGUGAUCUGUGAUUGUGCCACUGCACUGCAGCCUGGGUGACAGAGUGAGACCCUAUCUCAACAACAACAACAAAAUAAUAAAAAAAGAAAUGCAGUUUUUGAACAUCUCUGGAGUGGAAGAAAAAGCUAAUUCCACUGCCUGAGGACAGGACCCUAGGAGCUGGCAGACCUGCCUUUCGCCUUCCACCAUGAUUGUGAGGCCUCCCCAGCCACGUGGAACUACGUGCCUUUUGCCUUCCGCCAUGAUUGUGAGGCCUCCCCAGCCGCGUGGAAAUGGUAUCAGCAUGGAAGCCAUGAGUGAGAAUAAAAUGGUGCCCUCUGAGUUUAGCACAGGACCUGUGGAAAAAGCUGCCAAACCUUUGCCAUUUAAGGAUCCCAACUUUGUGCACUCUGGCCACGGUGGCGCAGUAGCUGGCAAGAAGAACAGAACCUGGAAGAACCUGAAACAAAUCCUCGCUUCUGAAAGGGCAUUGCCGUGGCAACUGAACGAUCCUAACUACUUCAGUAUUGAUGCUCCUCCAUCCUUUAAGCCAGCUAAGAAGUAUUCUGAUGUUUCAGGUCUGCUUGCCAACUACACAGACCCCCAGAGCAAACUGCGGUUCAGCACCAUUGAAGAGUUUUCCUACAUUCGGAGGCUGCCCUCUGACGUUGUCACCGGCUACCUGGCCCUGAGGAAGGCCACGAGCAUCGUUCCCUGAGCCCCAGAAAGGGAGAUGAAGUGGAAAGCUGUUUCAAAAACAGACUCUGGACUCGUGAUUUUGUUUCACGGAAACAAACUCGUUCUGCUGUCAAUCUGAAAAUGCCAGUGCUGUGCCUUGGAAAAAAUGUUUGGCUUUAAUUUAAGGGUUUUUUUGAGUGUGUGUUUUCCCUUCAAGUGUGAUAUUUCCUGCUGAAUUAAAUUAUACUUCAGUUGUUGCCUCAAGUAAAGGUGUUUGACAAGAAAAUACAGUAAAACCAUACUUUUCAUUUA